AGAAUAAUUAUUCUCGUAAGGAUCUUUUUAUGUAGUGAUAUUUACCAACACAGUACAGAACACUGAGGGGAGAAAAUCAACAGAGAGUUGAAAAUGCCUACCACAGUAGAAACUGCACAAAAAAAGAAAUCUCACAAACCGUCUGGUUCCAAAAAUUUGGACCUCCUCUGCUCUGUCAAGUACAAGAACACUCUUCCAGACAUUCCGUUUGAUGCCAAGUUCCUCAGCUAUCCCUUCGACUCACAAAGGUUUAUACAGUACAAUCCUACCAGCUUGGAGCGUAGUCACAAGCACGACCUACUCACUGAGGUGGAUCUAGGCGUCCCUAUUGACCUCAUCUUACCCGACACUUACCCCAGCCACGGCCUCGAUGCUGUGUUGGACCCUGCUGACGAGGCACUUCUUGAGGAUGAGGUGGUCCAGCAACCAGAGUCAAAACGUGCCAAGCAGCAUGCCAAAAGUGUGUCUUGGCUGAGGAGGACAGAGUAUAUCUCCACUGAGUUUGCCAGGCCUCACUCAGCAGCUGAUGGAGCGGAGACAAAAGUUGGAUACAAUGUCAAAAAGAAGCUCCAAGGAAUGGAUGUUUACAAGGAUAGAGCGAGUCAAAUAGCAGCUAUUGAGGCCACCUUUGAGGCUGCCAAGCAACCGAUCACGAAGCAUUACAGCAAACGAGGAGUAGAAGCCAAAGAAGUGCUACCCCUAUUCCCUGACUUUGAGUUGUGGAAGUUACCAUUUGCACAAGUGCUGUAUGACACUGACCCUGCCAAUUCUGGUAGGCCAGAGCAGAAACAAGUGGAAGAGAUGUCACAAGCCAUGAUCAGAGGGAUGAUGGAUGAGAACAAUGAGCAGUUUGUGGCGUACUUCCUGCCCACCCCUGAUACCCUAGUCAAGAGGAGAGAGGACAAUCAACUGGGACUAGACUAUCAGGACGAGGCAGAGUACGAGUAUAAGCUUACUAAGGAAUAUAACUGGAAUGUAAAGAAUAAAGCUAGUAAAGGAUAUGAGGAAACCUAUUUCUUUGUCACUCGUCCUGAACAAGGGGUCUUUUACAAUGAGAUAGAAACAAGGGUCAGAUUGAGCAAGCGACGUGGUAAAUCUGCCAAAUCUGCCAUGAAUUCGAAGUUAGUCGUCAAACACAGAGAGCUUGUGGAGGAUGAAGUAAUGGCUCAGGAGUCUCGACUGACCCAGCUGGAGGCAGCAGUACCAGAGGAGGACUGGGAGGAAGCUGCGUCGGAGGAGGAGACAGAAGGAGGUGACGAUGAUGGCAGUGAAGGUACUGAAGAGGAGGCAGAAAACCAGAAUGACUUUGAGCAAGCUUUUGGGAGUGGGGAGGACGAUGAUUGAUAAUUAUUUGCAAUCUUGUUAUUGUGUCAACACAAACCAUAGAAAAGGACAUCAACGUCAACAUCAA